AUGAAAGGUGGAUACGGUAGCCAAUCAGGGGGCAUGUAUUUCGGCAAAGCUGGUUGCUCCCGGAACAUCGCGAAUUUCGUCAAGACCUCGCUCCCAAAACUAUCCGACUCAACCCACUCUUUCAACGACCAUCGCCUCGCCGACCACCACGAAGCACCCUUGCCUCACAACGAGACGUGCGAAUUUACAGACGAUAUUCAAGAUGGUAUGCCUGGCUCUCGACGGCGACCCCUCUCACGAUCCCAAUUGGCUAAUCGCUCACUGUUGCUCCUCCAUAGGCCGCCGCACGCCCCUUCUACUCGCAAGUCCCCCGACCCCGACGCCUCCCCUGCUCGUAUCGCCGAACGAUCGGAGUUUUCCUGCUUCGAAUGCUAG